GAUGAUUGACGCGCAGUAAACCGGUGAUUAACGGAUGAGGACUGGCGAUCGCUGAUGACUAGCACGCAGCGAGCUACAGGUGACGAGCUAGGGCUUUGCAUGGAUUAGGGAUAGCUCUAGAGCAAGCAAGGCUUACAAUGUACUCCCUACAACUGUUGUGCAAGGUAUAUUGCACGCUUGCUACGCUUCCGCGCUUGUUCCACCUCGCCGGCAGUGGCGGCGCGGUCAUUCCUGUCAUUCGCUGCAGCCUGAAGCAGCUGAGUUUUCGCCGGCGUUGGCCGGUUGCGUUUGCCCUGUAGUAGUCAGGAUGGAGCAAGACCAGCGA